AUGCCAGGGCUAGAAGUACCGCCCUCGGGGCGUCGACGAAGACGCGUUGUCGACGACGACGACGAAGACGAGUAUUCAACGAGAGCAACAACCCCGCUAUCCCAAUCUUCCACAGGCAGCAAGCGCAUUCGACUCGAUGGUUCGGCCGAUAAGAGUGACAAUGAAGAUGAUAUGAACUUCGAUUUCGACGAUGGGAACGUCGACUCAGAGCGACCCGUUGCGAAAGUGCCCUUGACAAAAUCUUCACUACCCGCCGGUUAUUCUACAUAUAAAGAUUUUCAGCCUGGCGCCAUCGUAAGGAUGAAGUUGAAGGAUUUUGUUACGUAUACGAAUGUGGAGUAUCACUUUGGGUCGCAGUUGAAUAUGAUUAUCGGACCGAACGGUACCGGAAAGAGUACGUUGGUGUGUGCGAUAUGUUUGGGCUUGGGUUGGGGACCGCAGCAUCUUGGACGCGCGAAAGAUGCGUCUGAAUUUGUCAAACACGGCGCUAAAGAGGCAAUCAUCGAAAUAGAACUUGCACGUGGCCCUCCAUUUAAAACGAAUCCUGUCAUUCGCCGAGUUAUCAAAUUCGAAGGCAACAAGAGCACUUUCUUUAUCGAUGGCAAAGAAGCAACCCGGAAACAAGUCAUGAAGCUUAACCAGAAGUUCUCUAUUCAGAUCGACAACUUAUGCCAAUUCCUUCCACAAGACAAAGUUAGCGAAUUUGCAGCGCUUACUCCUAUCGAGCUACUCAAUUCCACUCAGAGAGCGGCAGCAGGACCGCAGAUGAUCGAGUGGCACGACGAUCUCAAACGGCUCAGAGCAGAACAAAAGAAACUGCUUGCUGACAAUAAAGGUGAUCGGGAUGUCCUUGCCAACCUCAAGAGUCGACAAGAAUCGCAACGAGCAGACGUUGAGAGGGUUCGGGAGAGAGCACAAAUCAAGAGACGGAUUGAGAUCCUUGAAUACGCCCGUCCGAUGGCCGCGUAUAAGGAUCAAGUGCCGAAGUGGAAAGCAAUUAGAGACAGAAAGCACCAAUUAGAAACAGAGUUCAAGGAAUUGAAAGCUGAAGUAGCGCCAAUGUUGGUAGCAGUCAAUGGGAAACAAGAAUAUUUUGGCCGGACGGACGAUUUAGUCAAGUUCAAGCGCCGUGAAGUCGCAGCGGCGGAGCGUGCCGCAAAGGAAAUUGCGGCGAGGUUGGACGGCCAUGACGAGACUAUGAAGAACCUGACCAGGCAGAUUGAUUCAGAGAAAAAGGAGGGCUCAACCUAUAAACAACAGCUGAGUACAGUUCAGCAAAGUAUCAAUAGAAUUACCCGGCAAAUGGAAGACAAACCGGAGGAGUUCGAUAUCGAUGCUUAUAAUGAAAAGAUUCGCGCUUUGCAAAGAGAAAUCAAGGACAUUGAGAAUCGAGCCAGAGAGAUCAAAGAAGGUCGCAAAGCUGUAUUUGAGCGGCUGGAGGAGAAGAAACAUCGGAUCAAUGAUACGGAAAAUGAGCUACGAAGCCUUCAAUCUCAAAGUGGUCAACGAGAGGCCAUGCUCAAGAAGUUCUCGCCUGACACACAUCGAGCAUAUCGAUGGAUUUUGGAGAACAAGGAUAAAUUUGAUAAAACGGUUUACGGACCUGCACUUAUCGAGUGUUCAGUGAACGAUUCGAAAUACGCCGACGCAAUUGAGUCUCUUCUUCAGAAAAACGAUUUCCUCGCAUUCACCACGCAGAGCAUCAAGGAUUUCAGAACAUUGCAAAAAGCUCUGAACGUCGAGCUAAAGUUGCACGACGUCAGCAUCAGGAACUGUACAACUCCAUUGAGUGAUUUGAGGCCUCCAGUCUCAGACGGAGAGAUGCGUGAUCUCGGCUUUGAUGGCUGGGCCAAGGACUACCUUAGUGGACCGGAACCUGUCAUAGCGAUGCUCUGUAACGAGCAAUUCCUCUUUAGAACACCGCUGGUUCUUCGCGAGAUCAAUGACCAAGAGUACUCUCGCAUGGAGAGCCACAAUGCAAUCAACAGUUGGGUUGCUGGCAAACAAACAUACAAGGUGAACAGAAGAAAGGAGUACGGUCCGGGUGCAACGUCGACUCAGGUCCGACAAGUGAGACCAGCAAGGUUUUGGACCGACAAACCGUUGGAUGUCUCAUUGAAACAAGAGUUGCUCGAUACAAAGUCGCAGCUUGAAGGUGAAAUGGCCGAAAUUGAAAAGACAAUUGAAUCUUUAAGAUUAGAGCUCAAAGUUUCGGGUGACCAACAUACCCAAAAGAAGAGAGAAAAGAGUCAACUGGAAGAGGAGAAAGCGGAGAAGCAGACGGCUCUUGUCAAUUUCCGGGCACUUCCUGAGAAGCUUAGCCAAGAGCAGAUUAAGAAACGAGAGGUAGAGAAACAUUUUGAUGGCUUACGAGAAAGGGUUUUGGCGAUUCGUGGAAAACAAGAUCAAGUUGCUCUUGAGAAGGCAGAAACUGCCAUUGCUUACGCUGAUGCAGUGGAGACUUUCCGGAAAGUUCAUCAUGACUUGAUUCAAGCAGAAAUUAGAAAUAUCGAGGCUUUGUCGGAUUUUGAGAACCUAAAAGCGCGAAACGAGGAGAUUCGACAGACACUAGAGCAGAAACAGAACGAGGUCAAAGAAGCCAACAUCAAACAGAAGGAGGCCGCCGAAGAGGGUCGCAGACUUAAGGAGGAAGCACGCGGACUCUUAGACAACGCUAGUUCCGAGCCAGACAAGUUGGAAGCUCUUGAAUCCGAUUACUUCAAACAGUUGACUACAGACCAGUUGGAGGCAGACAUAGAGUCGGAGAAGGCUCGUCUUGAGCUAACGCACGAAGUUGGCGAAGGCCUGGUCAAGGAGUUUGAAGAUCGUCAAAGAGCGAUUGAUAAGCUGCGAGACAAAAUGGCUAGCUAUCAAACGAAGCUCAAUGAUUUUGAGAAUGCUAUCCAAGAAAUUCGCAACAAAUGGGAACCACGGCUUGACACUCUCGUGAAGACCAUCUCCGAUGCAUUUUCCGACUCUUUUGCUCGUAUCGGCUGUGCCGGACAAGUGACGGUUGACAAGGUCGAAGACGAACCAGGACCAAACGGCGAACCCGGUGGAAGUGACUUUGAUCAAUGGUCAAUCCAAAUCCAGGUCAAGUUCCGUGAAACCGAAAAUCUUUCCGUGCUGGACUCUCAUCGACAAUCCGGAGGUGAACGUGCCGUCAGCACAAUCUUCUAUCUCAUGGCACUCCAGUCUCUUUCCGCAUCACCGUUCCGUGUUGUGGACGAAAUUAAUCAGGGUAUGGACCCAAGGAACGAAAGAAUGGUUCACGGGCGUAUGGUCGACAUUGCAUGCGCGCCACGAAAAUCUUCAUCUGAAGCCGACGACGUUAUCGGUGGAGGAAGUCAAUAUUUCCUUGUCACACCAAAAUUGCUGAGUGGAUUGCACUACAGACCUGGUAUUACGGUGCAAUGCAUUGCCAGUGGAGAACAUGUGCCUUCGGACUUUCACAGUUCUGAUUUCCGGCAUGCUAUUGAGAUUAUGAAGAGGAUCAACACAACAGCACCACGGUCGCGUACGAAUGGCAUUGGUCAUUCGGUGCAAAUUCAGUAA